UUUUUUUUUUUUUUUUUAUCCGUCGACCACCCGCCGUUUGUCCGGAACAUACACUUCCUCCCUUCACUUCUCUCUUCUACUACGUACAUCCGCUUCUUCCGACCAAUUCCUCACUAUCUCUCGCCCUGGCUGUCGUCGGAAACUCCAUCUUCGUCCCCAUCGCCCCCCAUGUUAACGACCAUCCCUCCUCGUCCCGUCUCAGUCAAUUCAUUGGCGAGCCCUCUUUCCUCUUCCUUAUCAUAUCAGAAGACCGGUCGAAGCACUAGUGCGGAGAUCCAGAUCCACGAUGACUCCGCUGCUCCGACCUCGGCCCCUGCGUCCGCAGACUGCCAGUCCCCCGUGGAUACCGAGAUGAACGAUAAUGAUACGCAUACCCGCUUUGACGACCCUCCAUCUUAUCGGUCUGAGGCUUGUUUUGACAACCUUCCCAUUGAGAUUCAUGAGGCGAUUCUCGAUUGUUUAUUUGGUGAACGGGCGCCGGCAUCAGCAACAGUAACCCAUGGAAAAUCUGCUGCGCGCAGCUGGACAAAAGCCCUGCGACAUCCUCGACGAAAGGUCUUAUCUAAUCUUUCUCUGAUAUCGCCGGUUUGGAGGUCUCUGGUUCAGGCUCGUAUCUACAGGCAUAUCAAGGUCAAGGGUACCAAUAGUGGAUUGGCCGACUGUGCAAGUUGGUUCAAAAACAACCCUCAUCUCGCCGCGCAUGUCCGUCAUAUCGAGGUAUGGGUUCCGGUUUGGGGGAAUCGGGUACCGAAGCAUAGCUCAGUUCAUCCGCCCGCUCGCCGACAUCACCACCACCACCACCACCACCAUCACCACCAUCACCAUCAUCAGCACCAUAACAAUAAUGACGAGGGCUUGGAGGGUGUCGCAGCUCUUCUCCAGGCGACAAUGGCCUGGGAAGAUGACUCUGAUUCCUAUCCGAUGAACCAUUGCAAUUUCUAUGGUGCCAGUCAAAACGCUUCACUGGAGGAUAUCUUUCUCCACGUCCAAACCCACUUCCCUGAGGCGCGUAUGUUAACACUCGAAGGAGGCCAUUGCAAAAAGCCACCGUUAAUUCGGCACUUCAACAACGAUCCCUAUGGUUGGUCGAAUAUACAGUCUCUUGCCGUCCUCCCGAAUAUUCAGACUUUCGUUAUGCGUGGCGCCUGGAAUAUUAUGCGGGAUUAUCAGCACUGGAAAAAUAUGGCCGAAGCUCUGCCAUCGAUCCGGGAAUGGGACUGCGCAUAUGCGAAACCUAAGAUUGAAGCCUACGAGACGAUUGCUGGGAUUCUGAUUCAGCUACCUCCAACGCUUGCGCAUGCGAAUAUUAGCCUGGAUGGAUUUUACAACAAAGGCCAUGUGCAUAACCUCUGGCCCGGCGAUGAAAUGAACCCGCCACAUCUUUGCAAUCUGCUCGGUGAAGUUGCUCCCCGGCUCGAGUCUCUCACAUUUACCGGCAAGAUCUGCCACUGCUUUUUCCACGGCAUGGCCAAUUUUGCGAAUCGUGCUUCCAUGUCCAGGCUCAAGUCCCUGGACCUGGUAGUCAAGUCUUGCUGUCGAGACCGGCGAUUACAGCCUGCGUUUCCCUUCUUUGACGAGGUAUCUGGCAUCACGAAUAUUAAUUUCAUCCGUUCCUUUGAGAAACUCGUCGCUGCUGGUGCCAGCUCUCUCGGUGCGCAUCGAUCUCUGGAAUACGUCCGUAUCCGUUUCAUCGAUUUGGACUCCGCCUGUCCACUUCUCAACCCUUACUUCCAACUAGUCAACCAUCAAUGCACUGGUAUUUGGAGCGAUCGCAUCCUAGAAAACCUUGCAGAAAGUCGUCCACAAGCCCGUUAUACUGAGCUUACAGAGGGUAUUUACCCGCAAUACGGACCUAACCACCAAAUUGUUGGAGCAGUAUUUCCACGGGCCAGACCGUCUGCGAUCUAUGCUGCCAACUAUCGAAUUAUAGCCGAUGCAACUAAAUUCUAGCACUGCAUCUUGUCACCUGAUUGAUCAGAGUGAGCAUCUUUAAUCGCCAUACCUUGACAUCCUUAUUCCUAAUCAUCUCUAUACGUUUUGAGUACAAUACCCUGGGUCUCUCAUUUGUUAUCUUUCGACAAGAGCAGAUAUUGCCAUUUGUCAGAGUCAAGCUUGGUGAUCUUUCACGAAAGGAGUCUCAAGCAAAUACUCUCAUCUCUCGUUUUGUUAUCUUUGGCUUUGCAUCCACAUCUACGGUGACUGGUUCACGUUUUUGUUUCUGGUGAAAUUUUCCACACAGGGGGCUGGAUCCCCUUGACUUAUUUGACUUACUUGCAUGGUUUGCAAAGAGGAUUUUGUUUUAUUGAAUUUAUCGACUCCAUUUAUGACGCACAAUUUGUUUGGGUUUAUUUGCAGGGAUUAUAAUAUGGCGUCUAUUUAAUAGGAUCUGGGAUGGUUUACUAGUUUAUGGGGUAGCAUAAUGGACAAAAGUUUCAUUACUUCUGC